CAUAUCAGGACCCGAAGACCUCAGCGCUUUCAUAGAAGCGCAAAGCUGCUCCCUCUGAUGCGCUGCAUCCUCCGCCUGAUGACGACAUCGAUGCACUAGAACGACCCCUCUUGGUGUGUCACGGAGACGCCUCGCUGCGGCUGCAAAUGCCUCCACGCUCCAACACACUUCCACAUGUUUGAGGCCUUCCCCGUGCCCGAGAGCAUCAUAGAGCUCUGCAGCCCCGUGAGUCAACAGGACCGCCAUACUUUCCAAAGCCGUUGUCACUGCCUCGCGGCUGAUGGGAUCCUCCAACGGGGCCCAGCCCUCUUCACACAGAGUUGUGCGAGCCAAGAAAGGUCCGCCAGCCUUUGACCUGGCUUCUUUGACCUCCAAACAGGAGAAGAAGGGCGUGCGGGGGAUGACGCGGAAGUAGGUCUCGAGACGAAUGGGCUGGCAGCAGAUGACGUCGAUGGUUGCGAUGUGCCCCUGGACGGCCCAGAGGCUCCGCAGGCCGAUGUCAUUGGUGACGCCAACGAAACCCAUCUUCUCGAGCUGAUGCUGAUUGACCAGCUGUGCCGCCUUGCCUUGCUCUGUCCGGGCGCCCCACUGGAUGCUGGACCCCGCGAGGCCCUGGGAUCGUCGGUAUGUCACCAGAGCGUCGAGGCAGACGUUUGCUGCUGCAUGGUUCGAUCGGCCGGAGUUGCCCAGCAGGCCAGCAAUGGACGAGAAGACCAGGAAGGUGUCGGCCUGGACGCGGCUCUCAAUGAGUAGGUCGUGGAAGGCCCAGGCGCCCUGAACUUUGGGGCCGUAGACAUCUGCUAUGGUCUCGAGCGUCUGACUGCCGAUGGUUGCGUCACUCAGUGUGCCAGCAGCAUGAAGGAUCGCCUUGGGCACCAGCCCCUCCCCUUGGACUUGCGUGAGCAGGGCGCGGCAGUCCUCGAUGGAGCUCAGGUCACACUUGGCUGCACGCAAAGUGAUGCACGACCCCUCCGUCGCUUCGGCUCUCUGCAUGAUGGUCUCGAGCCGCUGCCAUUCUUUGCUCUCCUGCAUCUCCUGAGUUGGUUGGCCUCGUCGCGAUGCAAGAAUGAUGCUCUUGGCCCCGUGCUCAAUCAGCCAUGCAGCCACCACGAGACCAAGGCCGCCAAGACCGCCAGUGAUCACGUACGCAUAAGGGCAGCUCCGUGCACGCUUCUGCGUCGCUCGUGCCUCGAUCACCUCGAGCCCCAGAGCAGAGGGCACGGUGAGCACAAUCUUGCCGAUGUGAAGCGCUGGCUGCAUGAAGGUGAAGGCUGCUGAGACCCCUUCGUUCUCGUCGCUGAGAUCGAAGGCGUGAAUGGGGGGAGGGGUGAGCUGGUCCGUCGCGAUCAUGCAGUUGAUGCGGUUCAGCAUGCCGCGGAACCACACAGGGUCGUCACGAAUCAUGACGUCGAGAGCAACGGCUUCAUAGUUGACGUCGGUGCGCUCUUGAGCCAUCUUCUCCCGGCUCCAGAUGCCUCGCUUGCCGAUCUCGACGAACCAUCCACCGGGACGCAGCAGCGCCAAAGAGAAGCCGAUGAAGUGACCGCUGAGGCAGUUCAAGACGAUAUCCAGCCGAUCUUCGUUUCCCAGGAACGAUCGCAUGUCCAACUGGAAGCGAUGCGGGUCUCUUGAGCUUGUGGUGUACUGGACGCCUAGAUGUCGCAGGAGGGUCCUCUUGCGGUCGCUGCCUGCCGUCGCGUAGACGAUGGCUCCUGCCCUGAUGCAG